GUCAAGCCGAAGCUCAGUCAAAGCGAACAACACAGACCUCUCCAAACUUACCACCCCUCAAAACCCCCCCCACAAAACAAUCUAUCAAAAUGUUCCGAUUGGUGGUGUUGUCCGCUGUUCUCGCCGUUGCCGCUGCCGCUCCGGGAGCCUCGCUGGUUCAUGCUGCUCCGCUAGCGUACUCGUCGGUCGUGGCCGCCCCAGCCCUGCUGGCCCAGAAGGAAAUCUCGUACGAGAAGCGCAUCAUCGAGGAGCCGACCGUUGCCCAUGUUGGUACCGUGCUGAAGCACGUCCCGACUGGCGUUACCCACACCAGCUCGGCCGUUGUUCACGAUACCAAGGUGAAGGAGAAUGUGUAUGCCCAGGCCGUGAAGAAGACCAUCGUGUCGACUCCGGUUGAGAAGACGACCUACGUCCAGGCUGCCGCUCCGGUCGUCCAGACUUAUGCUGCUCCGGCCACCUAUGUCCAUGCUGCCCCGGCUACCUACGUCCAUGCUGCCCCGGUUGCCAAGACCUACGUCGCCCAGGCUGCUCCGAUCGCUUACGCUGCCAAGACCUACGUCGCCCAGGCUGCUCCGGCCGCCAUCAGCUACGAGGCUGCUCCAGUGUCGUACGUUGCUUCCGCUCCUCUGGCCAAGACUGCCUACGUCAGCAGCUACCCAUCGAUCUACGAGGCCCCGGCCGUCUACGCCAACCAGUAUCACUAAAAGGUGUCGAGACGCUUCCCCCCUGAACCUGAACCUGUCCUGGAGCUAGCGCCCAAAGCGGUGACAAUUGCCCUUCUUUUGUUCACAUUUUCUCUGACUGUUUUCUGUGAAAGAUGAGAACGGUAAUUCAGUGCGAGGGCAAUAAAUUGAUUGAGAUUC